CGCUGGCGCCCGCCGUGCGCGACACUCGCUGACGCCGGCCGCUCUUCGGACACAACACGCGACGUGACACUCGCCUCGCGCGCAUCGCCCUCACGUGGUGCAACUACCCCGACUCGCUCCAAUUUCAGUGCUUCGUGCGACUCGAGGCGAGACAGCUGACAGUCAAUUGAGGAUGAGUGACAGCAGAGAGGCUGUACGCGCUAACUUGAGUGUGUGUGAGGUGUAAAGUUACAAGAAUGUUUUGUUCGUAUGGAGUUCGAGACAUUAGUAUAGUUGUGAACCGUAACGUGUUUCCAUCAUGCCUACUGCAGUACCACUUCAAACUUAAUCCGGCAUAAAACUGUAAUCAUCUUAUUAGACAUGGCUUUGUCUCUAAAACAGUGUUUACUUUUAAUGAUAGUAUCGUCGUGGCAGACGUCUAACUUAGCAUCUACCUGUACUGAAGUAUGCGACUGUAAAAAUGAUGUGAAUUUGUGUCAAAGAUGUACGUACAAUGUGACGCUUAAAGGGAAUGUAAACAUAAGUUUUGAGACUGCCUGCUGUAAUGAAACGCCUAAUUGGAGUGAGAAAUAUAAAAAUGGGACUUUUGCAGAGGUCAGAAUAAAAUACGGCACGGGUUGUAAUAAGAGUGCUAUUAAUUUUGAUUUACCGUCGCUGAACACAUAUUCCCUUUUAAUCACAAAUAACAACAUUACUAAAAUAAGUCUCAGCAUGAAAACACAAAACCUCCGUCAGAUUGACCUAUCUGGAAAUAAAUUGCUUUAUGUAACUAAGGGGCUAUUUAAUAACUUUUAUAAUUUACGAAAACUAAUUCUGAGCAGAAAUGAAAUUAUCAACAUAUUCGAAGAAAGUUUUAAUGGCUUAUCAAAACUGGAGUCCUUGGAUUUAUCGGAAAAUAAGUUGACUAUUUUAUCCAAAGUAUUUACUCCACUGAAAAACUUGCAGCAUCUGAACUUGAGUAGAAAUAAUAUAGAGUUUAUUCAUGAGAAUAAUUUCAAUAACUGGUUAUUACAACAUUUGGAUGUGUCUCACAACAAUUUGAAAAAAUUAGCCCCAGGAGCUCUACAAUUGUUACCAAACUUGGCUCGCUUAUUAUUAACAGAUAAUCCUCAUUUAGGAAUUACCCAAAUAGAUAAACAACUGCUCGUUGCAACAGGAAGAAGGUUACAGCAAGUAGACGCCUCGAGAACGGGCCUGUAUCAAGUUCCGGAAGCCUUUACACAUUCAGUCAGAUUUUUGUCAUUAGUCGGCAAUAGGAUUUCUGCUGUUAGAUGUGGAGAUUUGGACAGUUAUCCUUUACUUCAAUCUUUAGAUUUUUCUGAUAACAAAGUUAUUUUAGUUGAGGAUGAUUCGUUAGGAAGAUUAGAAAUGCUUCUAUUUUUAAAUUUGAAUAAAAAUCUCCUAACGGCUGUUCCGAAAUCAUUACCCGAUGAGUUAAAAUACCUGUCCAUAAAUAACAACUUAGUUAAAAAUUUAACAUUGCCGGACUUUAAAAAUUUGCCGAAUUUGAGGAUAUUGUUGCUUCAGAACAAUAAUAUCCAUUAUAUACAAGACCACGUGUUUGACGACUUGCUCUCUCUGGAAAUGCUAGACCUAUCAAAUAAUCCUAUACAAACGCUCACAUCGAGCACAUUUGAUGGACCACUAUCUCUCCGUGAUUUACGGCUCUGCUACCUGAAUUUAUCUGUGCCAGAACAAGAUGGUGCGUUUCCAAUGUCGUCGCCCGAAAGUAUUCAAAUGCUUCAUCUGCAGUCUAGCCCGGGCCUGGCGAGGCAAUUGCUCGCUGACUCAGCUGCUCUGGCUGCCUUUUCACAUUUACAAUACUUGGAUUUGAGAAUGAAUAAUCUCACGGAAGUGAGGAAUGAUUUGUUGUUUUACUUGGUACAGUUAAAAACUCUACGAUUACAUGGCAAUAGUAUUAAUUGCAGUGCUGAAUUGUGGCUUAAAGAUUGGAUGAGCUGGAAUAAGAGUUUGUCUGAUGAAGAAACCUGUUAUUACUCUACGUCAGAAGCUAAACCAGAAAUAACAAAAUAUAAUUGCACAUUUCCGGAGACAUUUACUAUAAGCGAAAGUUUGCCUCCAGUGAAUUUGUACAGUACAGAAAUGAUAAAUAAGUUAUUAAGGUACUAUGGUUACUUAAACAAUAAAACAGAGCGGACGCCUAAGCGAGAAAAAUAUCAUUAUGAAGACAAAAGAAAAACGGACGAGGCAAAAAUAGCUAAAGACCAUAGUAUUUCGACGGUGUUAUCAAAUGUUUACACAUCAACAUUUCCUGGGAAUGAGAAUAAAGUAUCAAACGAUUACUUGAACGAAAGUUUCAUAGUCAAAGCUAGAGAAAUUACGAAAGUUUUAGAUCAAAAUAAACCACAAAAUGAUCAUAAUAGUGUUGACCAUAAAUUUUUAGAUAUUGGACCAUACAUUUCAUAUACUACACGUAACUCUAAAAAGAUUGUACAAGACGAUUUUGAAACACAUAGAAGGAAUAAGUCUGGUAUACGAUUGAAUACACCAAUCAAUAUAACAACCAAAAUUAGCGAAGAAUUGAAAAGUGUUUUCAGGCAGAAAAAAUUGUCGACUGCAUUGACAUCUGAGACUGAAAAUGUAACUGUAGUAGCGGUAUAUGCUACAAGCUCUAAUGAAAAAACGGAAUUUUCACCUUACCAGCUAGCCCAUACCAAUUAUGCACAAUAUAUAGGUACGGUGGCAAUAUGUGGUUUGAUAAUAUUGUCAUUGAUAUUGUGGGCUAGUUUUCGACUCCGAUAUAGGAGAAGACGAGCGCCAGUAACCGACACUGAGGUCGAGGACCAAAUAGAAGUGUCGAAUAUAUCCGGAGGGGUAUUGUGGUGACACUUGCGGGCAGCCGACUCCACGCCCUUCGAAUACGAUUCUCUUCUGACGUAGCACUAAUUUCGAAGCGGUCGGCUGCAGCCAGUGACAGGUGUUUUGUGAUAAUGUAAUUGUGCAUAUUUUUUUAUGAAAUAAGUACAAAUAGAGUGGAUGGUUAGCUAAACAGCCAUGGCUAAAAUGUUUGUAUUUAAAAUGUAAAUAAAGUAAUUGUUCUUUAAAUUACAAUACUAAUAGAUAAUAGACUUAUUUUUGUGUCAAGUAGUAGCAAUGUGAUCAUUAACUAGGUGUAGGUGUGGUAAGAACAUGCUACGUCAGCCUUGUCUGUUGUUAAUAUUUGCAUUAUAUCCACUGCCGGAUUAUCGUUCAUUAUCUAUCAAUAAAACGAACAAGAAAAUUGGGUACUAAACGGCAGCCUAUUCUGUUCAAAUAUUGGACUAUGCUAUUGUAUUUCCACCCAUUUUGCUCGCUCUGCUUAAUCUUCGCUUGCUGCAUAAGCGAGAUCGAAGCUGACGUGAUAUCGAAGAAGUAUGUAUUGCUCUGUUAUUGGCGUAUUUAAUUUACCUCCCAUGAAGAGGUACACAUCACAACUUUCUAAACAGAAAAUAUAAAGUCCACGAUUCAUGCCAGCCUUAGUUGUAGCGGCGAUUCUUCCAAUGAAUCUAAUACCUACUCUUCGAUAAGUAUAGUUAUUGACAGCAUUCAUCUGUCGAACUACCGCACAAAAUGUUGGAAUUUUCUCAAAACAUGUUGAACAAAAAUAAUUUAAAAGUACGAAAACAUUAUGACGAAAUAAUUUGCAUAAUUGUCUAUAGUUGUUACUUCUUUCUCGUAAUUUUUUUUUGGUAUAAAAUUUUUGUAA